AUGGAAGGCAAAUUAUGGAAAGUAGCUGAUGCGCUUAGUUGUAAUGAGGAUAUACUCCAUAGAUGGCUUUGCACUAUAGAAGCACACUACCAUGCCGGUAACGCUUAUCACAAUGCUACGCAUGCUGCAGAUGUGCUACAGGCCACCUCAUAUUUUCUCGACUCACCUGCAGUAGCUGCUCAUAUCUCGGAGAAUCAUGCCAUAGCCGCUAUUCUCGCUGCAACUGUUCACGACCUUGAUCAUCCAGGUCGAGGUAACGCUUUCCUUAUCAACACCCGGCAAUCGCUAGCCGUUCUCUACAACGAUCACUCCGUGCUCGAGAAUCACCACGUAGCUCUAGCCUUUCAACUUACUCUGCAGCAGAGUAACAAUGUAAACAUUUUCUCUAACCUAUCGCGUGAGGAAUUCACAUCGAUGCGACAUGCAAUGGUUGAAAUGGUGCUUGCAACGGACAUUAGUAGGCAUUUCGAGUAUCUCGUUAAAUUUAACAAGAUGAAUGUGGUAGAUGUGCCAGACGACGCCAGAGAGGGAAAUUCGAUGACCAUCUGUAAUAUGCUGGUAAAAUGUGCCGACAUUUCAAAUCCAACCAGAGAAUGGUCACUUUGCCAAAAAUGGGCAUAUCGUAUUGUUGAGGAGUAUUUUGAUCAAGUAAGUAAUAGAGCAAAAAUCGUUCAUAUUCAGCGUUUUAAUAUCUUAUUGUGUUGUCAAAAAUAGGU